AGAGCGCAGCAGAGUGGAGAGAGAGAGACAGAGAGAGAGAGAGAUUUACUUCACGAUUACAGAAUAGGAAAGAGAAAGAGAGAGAAACAGGACAGAAAUAACCUGGGAUAUUAAUGAGAAUGAAUAAAGAGCGGCUGGGAGAAUCAGAAAGAUUUGGAUUUAUUCUGCCAUUAAAGAAAUAAAAAAAUAAUAAAGAAAGCUGAAGAUUGAGAAGAAAAUCAGAAAGCGCGUGCCGGAUUGUCUAUAUUUCCUCUGUGUGGAGUUUACACAGGCUCUGACCAGGAGUUUGUGUUGUUUUUCUCUUGUUUGUGUUAUGCACCUGUUAUACGCGCUUCUAACGGAUAUGUGCGCUGCACGCGCUGUGCUCGGGACGCGGUGUGGAGCGCGUGGAGAGCGGGGCGCACGCUGGAGCACCUUUCUGCACGUUUGUAAAAAAGAAGGAGUGAAAGAGAGGGAUGAGUAAAUAACUACAACAGCACCCUGUUUGUUUUCUUUUGGUUUUUUUUUACAACUUUUUCGAUUUUUGGGAAGGAUGGUGAUGAUUUUGUUAUUAAUGACACUUUUGGCUGGAGCACAUGCGCAGUUGCGCUACACGGUGCUGGAGGAGCAGGAGCGCGGCACGGUGGUGGGGAACGUGGCCGAGGACCUGGGGUUAGAUGUCACCAAGCUGUCUGCACGCCGCUUCCAGACGGUGCCGGUCCCGAGCUUGCCGCGCACAUCACCACCUCCGGCACUGCUCGAGGUGGAUCUAGAGAGCGGAGCGCUGGUGGUGCGUGAGCGUGUGGACCGAGAGGAGCUGUGUGGCAGGAGUACUCCAUGCCUCGUACACCUGGAGAUGUUCCUCGAGGAGCCGCUCGAGCUUUUCCGUGUCGAGACGGAGGUGCUGGAUGUGAACGACAACGCACCACGUUUUCCACGCUCCGACAUCGCCGUGGAGAUCAGCGAGAGCGCCACGCCUGGAACACGCUUCCCCGUAGAUGGUGCCUUCGACCCAGACGUGGGCACAAACUCACUGAGCGCAUACGCCAUCACAAGCAACGAGCACUUCCGCCUGGACGUACAGACUCAGGGCGACGGGAGCCGGUACGCUGAGCUGGUGCUGGAAAAACCAUUAGAUCGUGAGAAACAGGCGGUGCACCGGUAUGUGCUCACAGCUGUAGAUGGAGGACAGCCUCAGAGGACUGGAACCGCACUUCUGGUGGUCACUGUGCUGGAUUCAAAUGACAAUCCGCCCAUCUUCGACCAGUCUGUGUACUCGGUCACGCUGCGUGAGAACUCCCCCGUAGGCACACUCGUCAUCCAGCUGAACGCCACCGAUGCAGACGAGGGCAGUAACGGGGAGGUGGUGUACACGCUGAGCAGUCAUAACCCACCGCGCAUACGUGAACUGUUUGCUGUUGAUGCACGCACGGGCCGUGUGGAAAUCAUAGGGGAGGUGGAUUAUGAGGAGAGCAGCACCCAUCAAAUUCAUGUCCAGGCCCGAGACAUGGGGCCAAACGCAGUCCCGGCACAUUGUAAAGUCCUGCUCAAGCUGGUGGAUGUAAACGAUAAUGCACCUGAGAUCGGAUUCAGCACUGUGACGGAGUCUGUUAGCGAACGCGCGACUCCUGGCACUGUAGUCGCCAUGCUCAGCGUCUCGGACAGAGACUCAGGUGAAAAUGGCCGUGUUACCUGUGAACUUCUUGGUGGGGGAGCGAGUGAGGAUGCUCCACCCUUCAAGCUUAAGCCUUCCUCACUGAAGAACUACUACACCAUGGUGACAGACGGAGCGCUGGACCGUGAGCAUGUAGAGUCAUACACACUUACGGUGGUAGCACGAGAUAACGGCACUCCACCACUGACCACCAGCAAGUCCAUCCGGGUGCGCAUAGCAGACGAGAAUGACAAUGCACCACGUUUCGCACAGGCCAUCUAUGAGGUGCACGUGACAGAGAACAACGUGCCUGGGGCAUAUAUCUAUGCCGUGACCGCUACGGAUGAGGACACUGGUGAGAACGCACGUGUUACUUACUCUAUAGAGGAGCGUGAGAUCCAGGGCAUGUCUGUACUGACGUACGUUUCCAUCAACGCAGAGAAUGGCUACGUGUAUGCACUACGCAGCUUCGAUCACGAGCAAAUCAGGGAGUUUAGCUUUACGGCGCACGCAGCAGACUGCGGAACCCCUGUGCUCACGACCAAUGCAACCGUGAGAGUGAUUAUAGUGGACCAGAACGACAAUGCACCGACCGUGAUCGCCCCACUGGGCAAAAACGGUACAGCAGCACGUGCCCCGUUGCCCCGGUCGGCAGAGCCGGGUUACCUGGUGACACGAGUGAUCUCCACAGAUGCGGAUGAUGGUGAAAACGCACGUCUCUCGUACAGCAUUGCACACGGAAAUGACCUCGGCUUGUUCCGCAUGGACUGGAGGAGUGGUGAAUUGCGCACCGCACGGCGAGUGAGUGGCGGGAAACGGGACUCUUCGCUGCAGUCUCAGUUAAACCCUCGUGCCUAUGAACUACUGAUUGAGGUCAGGGACCAUGGGCAGCCACCGCUUUCCUGCUCCGCCCGCAUCAGUGUGGUGCUUGUGGACGGCGCUGUAGUGACCCUGGACGAGGAAGGACGGGAGAAGGAGGGUAGAGGGGCACGGGGUGGGGCUCGAGGGUCAGCCAGGUCUGAUGAGGGAGCACCAGAGAUGACGCUUGUGCUCCUUGUGGCUCUUGGCUCCGUGUCAUCCGUUUUUCUACUGGCCAUGAUUGCUCUGGCUGUCCGGUGCCGCCGGAAAGACAAAAAAUUCAGUGCGCUCACAUGUCUGACCGGAGACUGCUGCUCUUGCUGCGGCUCCUGUUGUGGCCGGCGGUCACGGGGACGGCAAAAGAAGCUCACCAAGUCGGAUAUUGUGUUGGUGCAGAGCAAGACGGCGGCGCAGGUGCCCGUGGAGGAAUCCGGGACCGGGGGCAGUGGCGCGUUCGGGACACACCUUCAUCAACACCAUCACCACUGCUACCAGGUGUGCCUCACACGGGAGUCUGCUAACACCACCGACCUGAUGUUCCUGCAGCCAUGUUGCAGCCCGUCACGCAGCACCACGGACACGGAGCACAGCAGCACAGCACGAGGAGCUGCUGCCGUCCUUCUUACUGACCAGCAACCGGACAUCAUAUCCAACGGCAGUGUCUUAUCCGGAGAGAUAAAACAUCAGAGGACAGAACUCAGUUACCUUGAUAGACCACGUCGUGUUAACAGUUCUGUCUUUCAGGAGGACAUUGUGAGCUCUAAAGACAGUGGUCAUGGAGACAGUGAGCAGGGAGACAGUGACCACGAUGCUACAAAUCGCCUGCACUCCUCUGACCUGUUCUCAAACUGUACAGAUGAGUGUAAAGCUCUCGGACACUCUGACCGUUGCUGGAUGCCUUCAUUUGUCCCCGGUGACGGUCGUCAUGGUGCUGAUUACCGUAGCAACCUACAUGUCCCAGGGAUGGAUGCAGUGAUGGACGGAGAGGUAGAGACGAGCGUGUCCACCGAGGACGAUCCGUCUUUCUCAACAUUUGGGAAAGACAGAUUGCAUCACCACGGCACACACACGUCUCACACACACUCCUAUCUGUCGAGGAAGAGGAUUUCCUAGCACCUUCUGCUCAGACGUCUCCUCGGAAACCUCGUGAUCUGGGAGUGAAGCUCCGCCCCCUGUUUACACUUUUAUUUUUAUUCUAGUCCUGAGUGAUUUUUUAAUUUUCACACUGAACAGAAACGCUGGAGUGAGAGCGUGCUCAGCAGGACUGAGGGAACAACGCUUCUCCACUAAUACAGGACAGGAAGAAAGGAGGACAGGAGGAACAGAGGAAGAGAAAAAUGGAGUGAUAAAAAAAGAUGAACAGAAAAACAAAGAGGAGGAAAAAAAAAGCUCCUGGACAUGGAGCGGUUUAUUCUCUCUGUAAAAUCUGUCUUUCUCUCACACCAGAAAGUGAAUAAUCUGAGCCCUUUAGCUCUCUCUCUCUCUCUCUCCCACACACACACACACACACACACACACACACACACACACACACACACACACACACACACACACACAAGCUUUGUAUAAAGUGCAGCCCCAAAAAGUCUCUCUAUCUGAUUAUUCUGUAUUUUUCUAUUUAUCGUUUUUUCCAUUUUCUCUCUCUCUCUCUCUCUCUCUCUCUCAACCCCCCCUCCACUCUCUCUCUCUCUCACCCCCGUCUCUCUCUCUCUCUCUUAACCUCCCCUCUUUCUCUCUCUCACCCCCUCCUCUCUCUCUCUCUCUCU